AUGUUUGCCUUAAUUGUUGCCUUUGCCAAGAACAAGGGGAUAGGAAAGAACAACAGGCUGCCCUGGCCUCCUCUAAGAACAGACAUGUCCUGGUUCAGAACCCUUUCCCAGAGUGUUCCCCUCAUUACUUCAGACCGCAUCGAUCUUUCUCCAUCCUCGUCGAAUGCCGUAGUGAUGGGGAGGAAGACAUGGGACUCGAUUCCUCCCAGGUUCCAGCCCCUUCCGAACCGCACGAAUAUUGUUCUAUCAAGAAGGCCGGGGAUCAGCACAGAAAACACGCUCUUCAUCUCAGCAUUUGGAGACAUCGAGCACUUGAGGAUUCCUUCGUCCUCGAUGGUGUUUGUGAUAGGAGGACACGACAUCUACAGCCUUGCGAUCCAGAGCGGGAGGGCCCAUAUUAUAUUUGCUACCGAAAUCUCUGAGUCUCUUGAAUGCGAUGUGUUCUUUCCCCGCAUAGACUGGGACGCCUAUGAAAGAAGAGACAUUACACGUGAGGUCUCGGGACUCGUUGGCAAAGACCUUGCAGAUGCCUUCUACAACACAGAGGCGAAUGCAUUUACAGAGAACGGAAUAACCUUCAAGAUGUUUAUUUAUAUUAAACACGGGGCCCUAUAG